CGCGGGCAUGUCGUCAUUCAUGCGCGACGCGGCUCUCAACCAAGAAAGCGUAGUGGAGAGCUGCCAAAACAUCCGCUGGAGAAGAUGGCUAACUAAACUAGUUAUCUUAAAAUAAAAUAUCGAACAAGGCAUUGCUGUUAUAAACACCCUAUAGGUAUUCCCUGGACCUGUUUUCAGCAUUUCAUAUGUAACACGUGACAGAGGAUCCAUGUCUUUUCUUCGUUGGGUAUCUGAGAAAUUGAGUGUGGAGAGCCUGCGGGAUUUGGAGUUAUUUGGAGAGCAAGCUCAGGGACUCUCUCACAGGAAAGCCCAUGAGGACAGGCAGGAGAGCCUGACCUCCCUGCCACGCCGGGACACCAUGGGCAGCUUCCUCCCUGACAGCAGCUCCUACGAGCUGCUCGCUGUUAUCGGCCGGGGCUUGGACGACUUGAUGACUGUGAACCUGGCUCGAUACAAACCCACCGGGGAGCACGUAGCCAUACGACGGAUUGACUUGGAGUCAUGCACUAACGACAUGGUCACCUACCUGCAGGGUGAGCUACAUGUGUCAAAGUUGUUUCACCACCCCAGUAUUCUACCCUACAAGAGCGUCUUUAUAGCUGAAAAUGAGCUGUGGGUCAUCACUCCCUUCAUGGCUUAUGGGUCAGCCAGGGAUCUGAUCUGCACUCAUUUCACUGAUGGUAUGAGUGAGCUCACCAUCGCAUACAUUUUGCUGGGUAUGCUCAAAGCUCUGGAAUACAUCCACCACAUGGGAUAUGUGCACCGGAGUGUGAAGGCCAGCCACGUGUUGAUCUCAGCAGACGGACAGGUCUGCAUGUCAGGUCUACGGAGCAUCUUCAGCCUCAUCCGCCACGGCCAGAGGGCCAAAGUUGUCCACGACUUCCCCCAGUACAGCGUCAAGGUGCUGCCCUGGCUCAGCCCUGAGGUGCUACAGCAGAACCUGCAGGGCUACGACUCUCGGUCAGACAUCUACAGCCUCGGCAUCACAGCCUGUGAGUUGGCAAAUGGACACGUGCCCUUCAAAGACAUGCCAGCUACACAGAUGCUGCUGGAGAAGCUAAAUGGGACGGUGCCGUGUUUGCUGGACACCACCACUAUCCCACCGGAGGAGCUCUCGCUGAAACCCUCCCGCUCUGGGGCUGACUCUGGGAUCUGCGAGGGUCCGGGAGCCGGAGGUGUUCGUCACUCAAACGGAGAGCCCUCCUCCUCGUCAGGAGGACACCCCUACAACCGGACGUUCUCCCCUCACUUCCAUGCCUUUGUGGAGCUGUGCCUACAGCGAGACCCAGAAAACAGACCGUGUGCCACCACUCUCAUAGGUCAUCCAUUCUUCAAACAGAUCAAACGGCGGCCCUCGGAGGCGCUGCCUGAGCUGCUGCAGCCCGUGUCGCCCAUCACCGGCUACGAGAGCUCCCAGCUGCAGGACUCUCCGUCUGGAUUGGCCAGCCUGGAGUCGGGUCUGAGCCACCUCGAGGUGGACGACUGGGACUUCUGACAGUGGAGGACUCGGUGGGAAGGCACUUGUGGGAUUCUGACGGGAAUAUCUCCGAGCACACAGGACGAGAUGUGUUUUUGUAACGGUCCCCUUGUAAAUAAUCCAGAUCUCCCUCUAAAUAGAGUUGUUCUCAGACAGAGGUUAAAAGCCAGCAGCCAUCUUGCCUCUUUUUGAUGUUUCUUGCACGCUUUGGUUCUCUAGAUAUGCACAGACUCUUGCACUGCACUGAUGGCCUCUCUCGGUUUCACACAUUCACUUGUUUACAGAUCGUACUCACAUGUGACGAGCCCCCUGGAGCCGAAACACAAGACUCCUCUGUUCCUCAUGCUGUUGCUGAGGUUUCAGAGGAAGGUCUGUGGAUCUAGAUGUAGCCUACACCCCUGAAGACUGUCAUCAUAUGAAUCAAUGGGAAACUGCUACUGAACAUUCAGAGGGGACACUCUACCUCUUGUUUGAACAUGGCUGCUUGACGCGGCCCAUCUGCUCGGCGAGCCCACCGUGAGGAUCUUGCUCAGCCCUUUCCGCACCAGAUGGCAGGUUUUAACUUUGUCAGAGGGUCAAAUAAACAAGCAGCAUGUGUUUCUUAGCUCUCUGCCUGUUUUACAGUGUAAACUACAUCUCAUGCUUUACACAUCACUUUUGUUGCGCAGAGGUUAAGCAUAACAUCUGUUUAGAUUAACCUUCAGAGCGUAGAAUUGUAUUUCCUUGAACUUACUCUGGGUGUGAUGUUACUUAUGUCGAACGUGAAUGUUACAUUGGUGCUUGUUUUGUCUGCUUGUACACUUGGAAGUGAGGGCAAAGCAAAGUGUUGCAAAUGUCAGACUUGACUUUUAACAAUAAACAUUGUUCACACUGA